AUGACACUUAAAAUAUUGGCUAAACAUUCACAAUCCGAAUCGAAUGGUCAGUGCCUUACAGAAUUAAAACAGAGACUUCUCAAAACUGCUAUAGAACAGCAACCACGUAUUUUGACCACAUCAAAUGGACAGGAAGUUAAGGAAAUUCUUCAAAACGUCAUACAAAACGACCAACAAUGUUCUGCUUGGUCUAACCGUGAACAAAUGCAAGCAGUUAAUGAAUGGCUAGAACAGAUGGCUACACAACAAGACGAAAAUAAUAAAAAGAGUUCAAAUUAUGGAACUCGUUUUAGUCCAUUGAGUGAAAUGCCUCGUUUGGAACGUUGGUUUCGCUCAGAUUCAAAUCCUUCAAGACAAAAAUUAAUUAAUUAUAUGAAUAUUUUAAAUUCUUCCCAAUAUCGCCGUGCAAACAAUAAAGUAACUUAUCAACAAAUUUGUAAUUGGUUUGCGAAUCAAAGGAGAACAAUGCAACGUUUAGCAGCACAACAACAACAAGCUCAAGCAGUACAAGCAACACAACAAUCACAAUUGCAGCAACAACAAAGACAAUCGUGUUCUUCAAAUUCGUCUUCGUCUGGAACUGCUGUAAAUGGAAUUGUUGGUAAUGGAGGAAGUGGACCUUUAGCUAUAUUACCUUUAAAUGCUACUGGUGUUGUGAAUAAUAAUAAUAUUGCUGCUGUUGAAAAUCAAGUAAUUUAUUUAUCGUUUAAUAUUCCUCUUGUUUUAGUCCAAGAACAAUCACAACAAAACCAGUCUUGUUCUUCCGCUUCUUCUCCAGGAGUUGUUGUAAAUGUUGGAAGUAAUGGUGGAGGAAUUCAUUCAAUGAAUAAUCAACCUUUGACUACUUUAAUGACUUCAAAUGCUGUUUCUAAUGUUGGAAGUGGGGGAGGAGGAGGAAAUAUUGAAAAUCAGACUUCACUUAAUCAUCAACAUCAUCAAAAUUUAACAAAUAACAAUUCCAACACCAAUUUAUUUUAUUCAUUAGCCUCAGCAUUAGCAACAGGUAAUAUGGAUACAGCAAUUCAUUUACAACAAAAAAUGGCUUCACUUUUUGCUUCUGGAUUAAAUAAUUCAAAUAAUUGUGAAGGAAAAUCUGUGGAAAAUGACGAGAAUAAUGUACAUAUUCCUUUAGCAAAUGGCCCUCCAAUUGUGGAUAUUCGUUCAAAAUUUGUUGAUAAUAAUGGAAAUAAUUCUAUGGAUUUUUCUCACCAACAAUCUUGUUCUUCUACAAAUGAUUCUAAUAAUAACAACAAUUUUUCUUCUGCUUAUUCAUUAUCUGCGGCAAACAACAUGGCUAAUAAUAAUACAGCAACAGCUUUAAUUAAUAAUGUUGGUUCUUCACCUUCAUAUUCUUCUAUUUCACCAAUAAAAUUAGAAUCUGGAUUACUCAAUUUUAAAUUAGAAAAUGAAUUUUCUUCUCCACCCCCACAACAACAAAAUAUUGACGGACAAAACAAUGUUGGGGCAAAUGGUGGGAAUGGUAAUUCUGCUAAUCAAUCAAGAUCGAGAUUAAUGUUUGAUCCGUUGAGUGAAUUGCCAAUUCUUGAACGCUGGUUUGAUGAUAAUCCACAUCCAGGAUGGUUACAAAUUGAACAGUACACUGACUAUUUAAAUUCAAUGACUUAUCGACAAAAUUAUCCACCAGUUUCUACACAUAAUGUAAAAAUUUGGUUUAAAAAUAGACGUGCUAAAACUAAAAGGUUGUUGAAUAAUUCUGAAGCUAGUGGUGUUGUUGGUGGUGGUUCUGCUGCCUAA